AGCCUUUGAACCUGUGUGCUAGACUUCCAUUUGUUUACCCAGUUGGGAGUCCUCAGCCAAGAGAAAACCAGUGAGUUGAGGUACGAAAACUAGCAGAUGUUGCAAAGCUGAGAACACAUGGUGGAAGUAACUUUAAAUGUUUUUAUUAUUUAGCAGAAAGCUUAUAACUCUUGAUUAAAGAUGACCUCCCUUUUUGCACGAGAGAUUCGCCUGUCUAAAAGGCAUGAAGAAAUAGUAUCACAAAGAUUAGCAUUACUUCAACAAAUGGAGAAUAAAUGUGGAGAACAAAACACAGGAAAGGCAUCUCAGCUUCAAUCAAUGGAGACCGCUUAUAAAAGGAACAUUAGUCUUCUAAAUGAGAUAGAAGCAGCAGAAAGGUCUCUGCAGACCAGGAAUCAUCCAUUUCCCCCACCUGAGGUGGCUUCUCUUGAGUGCUGGGUCUCCUCACCUGGUCACCUGGAAGGCAGCCACAGCAGACACUUGGCACUAAAUCCUGAGGUGACAGUGCUCCUAACCACAGUGCUUGUCCUGGCGGCAGUUUGGUCCCUUCACCAAACACUCCCCAAAGCCACAGAAACGCCGUGAUCAUGCAGUACAGUGUGGCGUUUGCCUGUUUUCUCUUGCUCCGCUCAAGAACAGAUUGGGAAGAUGCUUGGCAAAAGUAAACCAUAUUUGGUAUAUGAAUAUGUUAGUGAUGAAUUCAAACUUACUACAUGUGACAUAGUUUGCUUAAUCUCUUUAAUGAUCUUCCCGCAUACAGUUUUGCUCUCUGCCUAAGCCAGGACAUGAAGACCCAAAAUUGAAGGCUGAGAAUUUGCCUCUCAAUUGUGCGGAUCUAGGGUAAUAAAGAAAGGAUUGGGAGAAACUUUGGUACAUGCCCUUUGUGCGGCAUCUAGGGUAAUAAAGAAAGGAUUGGGAGAAACUUUGGUACAUGCCCUUCUCUUUGUUAAAUUCUCCAAUCCCAACACUGGCGUGAACAGGGCCCUACACAAGGGGUUAAUCCAACCUGGAAUGGCUGAGAAUCUCUCAACCUUGGGUUUCAGCCAGUAUUUUUCCUAGCUAGCCUUGCGAGGCAGGCUGACCUGGAUUUUAAGCCUGUUGAGCCAUUUCUCAGAUCAUAUGCACACACAUGUAGCAUCGCUCACCGUUUUCCACCUUCCAAACCUCGUCCUUUUCUAAUGCCCAUCAUGAAUAAGUAUGCAUUCCUGCUGCAUUCUAAUUCCUUGGCCGAAUUUCCCAGAAGGAGGAGGGUGACAGUGAUCAUCUGAUGCAAAAUGCCCUGGGAGGUUGGGCCACUUUGGUUCUGUUUGGCCUCUUCCGGGGAGCAACUGAAGAAGCCAGGAGAGCCCCUCUACAGGGUGGUGUGGCAUACGCUUCUGUAGCCUACAAAUUCCUAGAGUCCAAUAACACAGCAUCACAAUUUUCAAACUGUUCACAUCAAAAAUGGUUAGGUGAUACUGACACAGUGAACUUGGUGGGAAGCGGAGCUCUACGGGGCGCCUGGUCUUUCCCCGUCUCACAAGCCUUCCGCUUUCUAAAGACUGCAGCUUCCCACUCUUCUAGCAAACACAUACUCGAGUAUAAGCCGACCCGAAUAUCAACGGAGGCACCUAAUUUUACCACAAAAACCAUCAAAAAUGUGCUGAACCCCCCGGCUUAUACUUGGGUGUAUUUACAGUAUUUGGAUUUUCCGUCCUGGCAAGUUUCUGCCUUACACAGGUCUUGCCAUAUCAUUUCCUUAUCACACAGCAAAAGUGGGGAGCAAUCAUGAUCCGUCAUACCGGGAGUUUUCUGAAAGACGGACCAGACCCCUCAUCUUCAUAGCCUUGCCCGCAUGAGCAGUGGGCCAGUGCAGCGGGGUCAAAACCAGCGGCAUGAGCUAGACCGUUCCCUGACUGCACCCCGGGUGAGACCUUUUGAUGUUCAAUUCUGAAACCCGCUCAUGUUUCAUGACUGCAUUAUAAUAAUUGCAGUAGAGGUCAUCCUUCGGUGUAGGAUUUGGAACACUCAACAAAGACAUGUAAUUAUGUCUAGCCACAAGUGCUACUCCUGGCAUUGACCACAGGUUGGCCACAAGAGGGCGUGUAAAAUCACAAUAAAAUCCCCAAACUUGUCACUCUGCCAGUUUCUGGUUUGACUGAGAAAUUUGAAAAUUUACACUAGUAAGUAGCCAUGUUUUUUCUAAAAUUAACAAAGUGUUCUGUAGAGGAAGUGCAUUCUCCAUAUAUCUGCGUGCCUGUGUGUGUGUGUGUGUGCAUGCGUGUGUACAUGCACAUGCACACUUAGU